AUGCGGCUGCAGGCGACGCUUUUUCUGGUCGCCUCUUGCGUCCCUUCGACGCUCGCCAUCUACGCUGACGAGGUCGGCCAUAUUGAUUUCCACCAUGCGCUGUUAGGUGUUCCUUCGGAGCAAUCCACCUUCUUCCAGCGGCCAUCCUCAUCCUCGAACGCUGCCCUUCUCUACACGCUGUCCGACAAGUCGCUUCUUGGUGCCGUCAACCCGAAAGAUGGAGCGCUGCUAUGGAGGCAAAACCUCUCCCGUCCCGCCGUAACGCCCGGCCAUGACAACCAAGGUCUGCUGCGUGCCUCUGGAGGAACAAACGCGGUUGUAAGCGCAUUGGGGGACUACGUUUCCGCAUGGAGCGCUCUCGAUGGAAAAUUGAUCUGGGAAAACUGGUCACCUGGUAUGCCGGUGGUUGAUCUUGAGUUGCUAGAGCUGGAAGACGCCAGCUCCGCUCCGUCGGUCACAGACGCAAUUGCACUCUCCGGAGGCAAGGCAGGUUCGGUCAAGCGACUGGAUGGGUCAACUGGUAAGAUCAAGUGGGAGUUCCAUGAUGAAAGUGGUGAUGUGCCCUUCCAAGUGUCCGCCUCCUCGACCGACGUCUUCUACAUCUCCCUCCAGCCGGCUUUGCUGAAGGGUUACAAGCUCCGGGUCACCUCGCUAGAUCCUCUGACUGGUCGACAGACCUCUCAACAGGUUCUAAACUCUGACAAUGAUAUUACCGGGCCGGAUUCAGUUCUCUUUGUGGGCGCCAACACCGCGCUCCCUAUUGUCGCCUGGGCGGAUAAGUCGCACAGGACGCUCAAGAUCAAUGCCAUCGGCACAAAGCAAGUGACGGCGGUCAACAUAGGGAAUACCAGCGGAGCGGACAUCAGAUCCAUCAAGCUCCACGCUCCAAGGACCCUCAAUGCCCUACCCCACUUUCUCGUUCAGUACGAGACUGAGUCUGGCUCCUGGGCAGAGGUCUAUCACAUUGACCUAGCAUCCUCGACUGUGUCCAAGGCGUACAGCUUGCCUUUCUUGCAGGGGUGGUCCGCCUUCUCUACCGGCACCAAGGAUGCAAAUGUGUACUUCACCCGGGUCACCGAGUCUGAGACUACCAUAGUAUCGUCCGCUUCUCACGGUGUUCUCGGAAGGUGGCCUCAGCACCCUCCCUUAGACCGCGCCUUGCACGCGGUCUCUGAGGUAGCUAUGAAAGGCGACUCCGUGGCUCUCCGCUCGGCCAUUGUGUUGGAAUCUGGCGACUGGCAAUUGAUUCAGAACGGCGCGGUUGGGUGGACCAGGCCUGAGGCACUGUCCAAAGCAUUGGCUGCUAACUGGGCCGACGUGGACAGCCAGCAGGAUCUCGCCCACCAACUCGAAGUUGAAGGCCACGAGAGUAUUAUCAAAGCGUACACGCACCGUGUAAAACGUCAUCUGAAGGACCUUGAACAUCUUCCUGACUGGUUGAAGGAGCUUCCUAAGCGUGUCAUCACCAGUAUUUUGGCUGACGAAGUUUCGAACUUGGACAGCUAUGGCGUAUCUAAACCUGUCAUCGUUGCUACCAAGAACGGCUGGGUUUACGCCUUGGCUAGUGGAGACCACGGCAAGGUUUCCUGGAGAGUCAAGGCUGCUGAAGAGGAUGCCUGGAAUGUUAAAUCAAUCCAAAUUCAGCCUGGCUUAGCAACCGUGCACGUCGACGAUGGCAGCUCUGUUACGCUGAACGUCACUACUGGAGCUAUCACUCAGCGCGCUUCCGCUACAGGCAAGUCCCCACUAUCGCCUGAGGACGACGUGUCUUCAGAUGUGUACAUCGUGACCCAGGAAGAUGAGAGAAUUCUUGGGUGGAGCUCGAAAGACUCUCGUGUCCCGGCUUGGGUGUUCCAGCCUGCACCAGGCGAGAAGAUCGUUCGCGCAACUGCUCGCCCAUCUCACGACCCCGUCGCCUCAAUCGGCAAGGUCCUGGGCGACCGGUCCGUUUUAUACAAAUAUCUAACACCCAACGCGGCUCUCGUUACAACCGUGGGCGACAAUUCGGCCACGUUCUAUCUCAUUGAUGGAGUUACUGGCCGUAUCCUGUAUACGAGUACUCACAAAGGAGUAGACACCGCGCAGCCCAUCGCUUCCGCCAUGUCAGAGAACUGGUUCGCAUACUCCUUCUACGCCGAGGGCUCCGACCCCUCCGAAGCUAAGGGCUACCAACUCGUCGUCUCGGAGAUGUACGAAUCACCCAUCCCCAACGACCGUGGCCCCUUAGGGUCUGCCGCAAACUAUUCAUCCAUUGCCGACCUACCCCUCCCUCAUGUCAUCUCCCAGGCCUUCAUCAUUGCAGAACCCAUCUCCCACAUGGCUGUCACCCAGACCCGGCAGGGCAUCACGACUCGCCAGCUCCUCGUCGCGCUCCCCGAGUCCAACGCCAUUGUCGGUAUCCCCCGUCCAGUUAUCGACCCCCGCCGUCCAGUUGGCCGAGACCCCACCUCCACCGAGGUCGAAGAAGGUCUGAUGAAGUACGCCCCCGUUCUCGAGUUUGACGGGCGAUGGUAUCUCUCUCACGCGCGCCAAGUGGCUGGGAUAAACACCGUCCUGUCCGCGCCCACGCUCCUAGAGAGCACAAGCCUGAUUUUCGGGUUUGGAAACGACAUCUUCGCUACCAGGGCGACACCAUCUCAGGCCUUUGAUAUUUUAGGCAAGGGAUUCUCGAAGCUGCAAUUGCUUCUGACGAUUGUUGCGCUGGCGAUCGGUGUUGCUAUUUUAGCUCCUAUGGCGCGCAAGAAGAAGAUCGAUACGCUUUGGAAGGCGAGGUCGUGA